AUGAUUUUAAUUGUAGACCAGGACAAUUCGACCUAUCUUGGAAUGGAAAGUGGCCUAAUACUGGAUGGCCAAAUUACAGCAUCGUCUCAGUAUGAUUGGCCAUAUCGUGCAGCCGCAGGCCGGUUAAAUUUUGACCCCAUUUCUGAAAGUGCUUGGAAUGGCUGGCGUCCACUUGAUGCUGAUAUGAAUCCAUGGUUCCAGGUUGAUUUUGAAACAUUUGCAACGGUGACGUCCAUACGUACGCAAGGACUGUCUGGCUCUGACUACUGGGUAAAAACGUUUAUUGUGUCGUUUGGCAACGAUGGGACAAACUUUCAAGAUUACAUCGAAUUUGGAAUGCCUAAG